CAUAAUUACAUAUAGAUCUCGAGAAGAUCAAGAGAAGAUCUACAGAGGGAAAAAUAUUCGAUGGGGGAGCCGACGUUGGACAAUAAUGCGCUGUCUCCUCCGCCACAGGCGCUUAUUGAGAGGCUCAAGGAUUACGGCCAAGAAGAUGCCUUUGCCCUGUGGGACGAGCUCUCUCCAGAAGAACGAGACCUCCUCGUCAAGGAUAUCGAGAGCUUAGAUCUUUCGAGGAUUGAUCGGAUCAUUCGAUGUUCAUUAAGCUCACAAGGACUUAUGGCAGCAGCUGUAGAGCCAGUUCCGGAAAGCAAUGUGUCGACCGUGGAGGAGCGUUCAAUGGAAGAAAGAGAGAGGUGGUGGAAGAUGGGAUUAAAGGCCAUUUCUGAUGGAAAGUUGGGUGUUCUUCUUUUAUCUGGGGGACAGGGUACUCGCCUUGGAAGUUCAGAUCCAAAAGGAUGUUUCAACAUUGGACUUCCAUCCAGUAAAUCGCUUUUCCAACUUCAAGCGGAGAGAAUUUUACGUGUCCAAAGUUUAGCAUCUCAAUCGGUCAAUGAGGGUUCCACAAGGUUUACACCAAUACAUUGGUACAUAAUGACUAGCCCAUUUACUGAUGAGCCAACUCGCAAAUUCUUUGAAAGUCAUAAAUAUUUCGGCCUUGAAGCUGAUCAAGUCACGUUCUUCCAGCAGGGUACAAUUCCUUGUGUAUCAAAGGAUGGUAGAUUCAUAAUGGAGACUCCAUACAGAGUAGCUAAAUCUCCUGAUGGAAAUGGAGGAGUUUACUCAGCUUUGAAAUAUUCGAAAUUAUUGGAAGAUAUGGCUAUGAAAGGGAUUAAAUACUUGGAUUGCUACGGAGUUGACAACGCUUUGGUCCGUGUUGCAGAUCCAACUUUCCUGGGUUAUUUCAUUGAUAAAGGCGUGGAUGCUGCAGCAAAAGUUGUCCGGAAGGCGUACCCACAAGAGAACGUUGGUGUUUUUGUAAGGCGAGGGAAAGGUGGACCACUCUCUGUUGUUGAAUACAGUGAAUUGGACCCAUCACUGGCCAGUGAAAUAAACCAGGCAACUGGUCGCCUUCGCUUUUGUUGGAGUAAUGUUUGCCUGCAUAUGUUCACUUUGGAUUUUCUGAACCAAGUAGCAAAUGGUCUCGAGAAAGAUAGCAUCUAUCAUCUAGCAGAAAAGAAAAUUCCUUCAGUACAUGGACAUACAGUAGGAUACAAACUCGAACAAUUUAUAUUUGAUGCAUUUCCUUAUGCACCAUCUACUGCACUUUUUGAGGUAUUGCGUGAAGAAGAAUUUGCACCAGUGAAAAAUGCUAAUGGGGCAAAGUUUGAUACGCCAGAAAGUGCUCGCCUGCUUGUUCUUCGUCUCCAUGCUCGUUGGGUGGUUGCUGCUGGUGGCUUCUUGACACAUACAGUGCCCCUAUAUGCAACAGGUGUGGAAGUUUCACCACUUUGUUCAUAUACGGGGGAAAAUCUAGAGGCCAUUUGUCGUGGAAGAACAUUUCAUGCACCCUGUGAAAUCUCAUUUUAGUUAUAUUUCAUUAACAGAUUAUGAACAAGAUUUAAGCCUGCUUCUUUUACUCGACAGGCUCGUCACACAAACGUGGCCCAUGUUGGCCCUGAUAUAGCAUCGCGAUUUUUCUUCUGGUGAAUGGGAAAGAAAAUUUGGUUUUUUCUGAUCUUCAUGAUAAGAUGUCAAAACCUGUUCUUUGUUUCCUUAGCUAAUGAUCUCCAUUUCACUUUCAUUAUAAAAUAUGCUACAAAUUGGGAGAAUCCACAAAUUUUAUACAGCUAUCAUGUUACAUGUACAUAAUGGUUUAUAUAAAGGUUUACAUACAUCUGAUGUGAUGAGAAA